AUGAGAACUUGGUUCGGUCGUGGCAAGAAACUGCAACGUGCGGUAACAUCAUGCUGCCUCUGCGCCUUUGUUCUUUACGGCUAUGAUCAAGGUGUCUUUGGAGGUAUUCUCGAGAACGAGGAUUGGCUGCGACAAUUCAAUGAUCCUGGCGAUACUUUGACCGGAUUCAUUACCUCAAGCUAUAAUCUGGGCUGUUUGCUGGGAUGUUUUAAGAAUUUCUUUGUUGGUGAGAAGCUUGGUAGGAGAUGGACUAUUUGGGUGGCCAUGGGCUGGAUCCUUGUUGGGGCUGCGUUGCAAGCAACUGCGUUUACACGAGGACAUCUCAUCGUGGGGCGAAUUGUUACUGGUGUUGGCACCGGUCUCAAGACUUCUACUGUUCCGAUGUAUCAAUCCGAACUUUGUGAGGGCACAAAGCGUGGUCGUCUCGUCUCCGCAGAAGUCAUGUUUGUUGGUAUCGGCAUCGCCUUUGCAUACUGGUGGGACUUUGCCUUUAGCUUCGUCGGUGGGCCCUUCGCAUGGCGAUGGCCUCUCGCUUUUCAAGCUGUCUUUGCAUUCUGGGUUAUCUUUGUGGUCUUUGGUGUACCCGAGUCGCCUCGUUGGUUGCUCAACCAUGGGAAGAGACAAGAGGCCAUCGAAGUGCUGUCAGCAGUCUAUGAUAAACCUAUUGGCCAUCCUGAUAUUCUGCGAGAGGUUGAGUCAAUCGAGGCGGCUUUAUCGAUGGAAGCCGAAGCGGAAGGAAGCACUUCUUGGGCUUCGACCUUUAGGAAGGAUAAGGUCAGCACAAGGUACCGAGUCUUCCUUGCUUGGUUUGUGCAGUUCAUGAAUCAAGCCGGUGGUAUAAACUUGGUUGUUUACUAUAUUUUGACUGUUCUGACCGCCAAUGUCGGACUCGAGCACAGACUUGCCCAGAUCAUCGCCGGUUGCAUCCAGCUAAUGUUCCCCAUCGGCUCCUUGCUCCCCACUCUAGCUUUGGACAGGAUGGGCCGUCGAUCUACCAUGAUGUGGGGAUCUGCCGGGCUGUCGUUCUCGAUGAUGAUGGUAGCAGCACUCUUGUCUCAGGCAGAUGAUACAUCACGAGGUCGAGCAUUUGCUGCUGCGUCAGUAGCGUUCUUCUUCACCUACAUGCUUAUCUUUGGUGCGAGUAUGAACUGUGUUCCGUGGGUUUACGUCCCUGAGAUUCUCCCUCUUCACGCUCGAACCAAGGGGACUGCCAUUGGCGUCAGUUCCAACUGGCUUUGGAAUUUUACAGUAGUCAUGAUUACUCCCAUCCUCAUCAAUCGUCUUCAGUGGAAGGCAUAUUUAGUCUUUAUGGCCACCAACCUCAUUUUCGUGCCGAUCAUCUUCUUUUUGUUCCCCGAGACAUCUAACCUAGCUCUUGAAGAAGUUGACUACAUCUUUGCUCGUGGCGAGAAUACUGUUCAAGUGGCUAGAGAGAUGCAAAAAGAACUUGCUCUUCAUGGACGCCUGGCGGAUGAUAGAUAUCCUGAGAACGCAACAAAGGUGGAAAGUAAGCCACUAAAAACUGAACUUCACUUCUUCUACCAACAAUCUACUCGAGAGCUCAUCCAUCCAUCUCUACCCAUCAUGUUCGCCCAAGCCGUCCUCCUCAUCGCCUUCGCGUCCAACGCAUUCGGCACACCCUACGUAGUCACCAACCCCAAGGACCUCUACAGCACCUGGUCCAGUGACGACUUCAGCGCCACGCCCGCCCCCAACGGCCAUUCCAUCAAAUGGUCAUUCACCGUGAAAGGACACAACGGUGUUCCAGACCCAGGAAACUUUGCAGCUUAUUGCCAUGGCCUGCAGGUGAUUUCGGACGACCUCGAUCUCACUGGGAAGCCUAAAUUUGAGCGCUGCAACGACACUGCGUACGAGGCUCGCCAGUACUUUUCUGGACAGCUCACUACUGUCGAGGUUCGCCGCACGAAUUAUCCUGAUCUUGGAAAGGAGGUGCAGAUCUCUGCUACGGCGAAUUAUAGCUCGACCAACGAUAACAUUGUUGGUGAGCACUUGAAGUUUGGCGAUUUCCAGACAAAGUUCAUUUCUACGCCCAUUCAGGAUUAGAAAUUGGUUAUCGAAGGAUUACUUCAUGGUUUGUCUGUGGAGCAUCAUUUCUUGUAUAUCUGUUAGAGGAUGAAUCUAUAACUUAUAACCUGC